AUGAUUGAGAUAACAGCAAAAUUAAUUAGGGGACCUGUAUAUUUUUCUGGUGAAGUAAUAGAAUGUUUGGUUACAUUUAGUAAUCCACCAAAUCCAAUUCAUCAAAUUUCUCAAAGCCACAGUGAUAUUUUUGAGAGUCUUGCAUGGGCUAGUGCUCAAGUUCAUUGUCAAUGUUCCACAAAUAGUAAAAUUGUCCUUUCAGAGAAACUUAACAUGACAGCUCAACUAGCAGCUAUUAAUGCAAAUACAACAUUUGCACCAUGGCAACAGGAUAAUGGUCAUGUUGUUUUAAAUACAAAGCCAAAAAUUUUAUUCUGUGAUUUAAGAUUAUCUCCUGGCGAAAGUAAAACAUAUAUUUAUCGAGAAACAAUUCCAAGUGAUGCACCUCCAUCUUAUAGAGGACAUGCAGUGAAAUAUUCAUAUAAAAUUACAGUUGGGACACAACGAGUAAACACAGCUAUAAAAUUACUUAGAGUUCCAUUUAGAGUACUUUCUUUGAGUGAAUUGCCUGAAGUAAGUGCUUGUAAUGAUAGUAUUGAUUUAAGCCCAAAUAAUCCAUUCAUGGAAACACAACACAGAGAUACUCCAUUAGAUGUUGCAUUACAAACUCUUCAGAAUUUAACAGCUAGACGUAGUCCAAACUUUUAUAAUAUUACAAAUGGUCGUGGACGCGUCGUGAGAUUUUGUCUUUUUAAAAAUUCGUACAAACUUGGAGAAGAUAUAGUUGGAACAUUCGAUUUUUCAAGCGCUACCGUUUCUUGUGCACAAGUAUCCGUUGCGUUGCAAUCAGAAGAACAUAUAUCAGAAGAAUAUAGACGAGGAAAGGCUACACCAACUUUAUUCAGUUAUAAUAAACAUCAUGAAAUGUGUAUGGGUUUAAAAUACUCUCAUUUAGUAUUACCUAUACCAUUACAUGUAACUCCAGAUUUUACCACUGAUUUAAUGACACUAAAAUGGAGAUUACAUUUCGAAUUUGUUACAACUUCUAAGUUGGUAGAAAUACCCAAUGAAACUACUAUUAAUUGGCAAGGACCAUUAAUUUUGGAUGUUGAAACAAUGAUUUGGGAUUUACCUGUUCAUAUUCAUCCCACAACUACACCACCCAAUACAGCACAACAAACAAAAUAUAGUAUAGCGAUAUAG